AUGGCGGAUUCUGGUACUUACACCAAACCCCAUUUACCAUUUUCUGAGUUCAGCUCACGGAUCCAACCAAAACCCAUCAACCAAGGUAAGUCUUGCUCAGGUUUCCUCUUCAAAUAUCUCUUCUUGGCUCUAUUUAUCAUUGCUAUUCCACUGUUUCCUUCACAAGCUCCAGACUUUGUGAGCCAAACCAUACUCCCUAAGUUCUGGGAGCUUCUCCACCUUCUCUUCAUUGGCAUUGCUGUGGCCUAUGGUCUGUUUAGUAGAAGAAAUGCAGAACUAGAAACACACGUAGAAACUCACUCUAGUGCUGAUAGUACACCUAGUUAUGUGUCCAAAAUGUUUCCUUCUUCCACGAUUUUUGGUGAUGGGUGUGAAAAUCCAUCUGGGUUUGAUGAGAAGAGGAUGAUGCAUUGUUGGAAUCCUCAAUACUUUGAUGGGGAGCCAGGGGCUGUGUGCUCCAAUGGGGGUACUGUUGGUGUUUUUGAUGAACAGUACAAAACCCAAUUGCCCAUUUCUGAAGAUAAUUUUGGUUAUUCUGUUAGAUGUGAUGGAACCAAUAUGGUUCAAGCUUGGAAUUCUGAGUACUAUCAUAGCGAGCCUGUGGUUGUUGUUGCUCAACCAUACUACACCACUGGUGAAUGUGGUGAGGUUGUUGGUUAUAAACCUCUAGGACUACCGGUUCGCAGUUUAAGGUCGUUUUCAAGAGAAGUAGAUAGUCCUAAAUAUAUCAAUGAUAGCGAUUCUAGUUCUGGUUCAAGGGGUUCAUCUAAGAGCUCAGGUAAGAACAGAGAUAGGGAAUUUCGGGAUCUGGGUCCUUCCAAUUUGGAGAAAAAAUUUAAUGAUGCCGCUGCUGUUGGUGGAUCAGCUUCCCCGAUUCCAUGGCAUGCAAGGUCUAGAAGUAUGGAAAGGGAGAGAAGACAUGGCAAUGUUACCCAUCCUUCACAUUUUAGGCCUCUCUCAGUUGAUGAAACUAAAUUUGAAGCACUUGGUUCAAGGUCUUUACAGUCUACAACAUCUUUCUCUUCCCACCCCAGUAUGUAUUCUUCCUUGGAUUCAAAUUCAUCAGAUUAUAUGAACUUUCAAGAGGUAGAAAUGAGACAAAAGGAAGCUUCCUAUGUGCCUACUCCAGAAAAGAUGAAUUUCCAAGAGGAAGAUAUGGGACAAAAGAUGACUUCCUAUGUGCCUACUCCGGAAAAGAUGAAUUUCCAAGAGGAAGAUAUGGGACAAAAGAUGACUUCCUAUCUGCCUACUCCGGAAAAGAUGAAUUUCCAAGAGGAAGAUAUGGGACAAAAGAUGACUUCCUAUGUGCCUGCUUCAGAAAAUAUGAAUUUCCAAGACGAAGAUAUGGGACAAAGGAAGACUUCCUAUGUGCCUGCUUCUGAAAAUGCAAAUUUCCAAGGGAUAGAUUUGGGAAAGAAGGUUUCUCAGGGAUCUUCUUCAAGAAAUAGAAGGAUGGCAACUAGAGGAAAAUAUGCUGCUGUGUCUCUUCCUUCACAUUUCAGGCCAAUGUCAGUUGAUGAAACUCAAUUUGAAUCACUUGGUUCGCAGUCUUUCCAGUCUAUGGGAUCUUUCUCUUCCCACACGAGAAUGUAUUCUUCCUUGGAUUCGAUUCCAUCAGAUAAUAUGAACUUCCAAGAGGAAGAUAUGGGACAAAAGAACACUUCGCAUGUUCAUACUUCAGAAAAUAUGAAUUUCCAGGAGCAAGAUAUGGGACACAAGGAGAUUUCCUAUGUGCAUGCUUCAGAAAAUGUGAAUUUCCAAGAUGAAGAUAUGGAACAAAAGAAGACUUCCUAUGUGCCUGCUUCAGAAAGUAAGAAUUUCCAAGAGGUGGAUCUGCAAAAGAAGAUUUCCCAGGUGUCUUCUUCUAGAAAUAGAAGGAUGGAAACUAAAGGAAAAUAUGCUGCCGUUUCUCAUCCUUCACAUUUCAGGCCAAUGUCAGUUGACGAAACUCAAUUUGAAUCUCUCAGUUCACGGUCUUUCCAGUCUAUGCGAUCUUUCUCAUCUCAGACGAGUUUAUGUUCUUCUGUAGACUCUGUUAAAUCAGAAAAUUUGAACUCUCUGAAGGAAGAUUCAGGGGAAAAGAAGAGCUCGCGUGGAUCUUUUUCUUCAAGUUCACCAUCACCUCCGGCUAGAAGGAAUGGGGAAACUUCGUUGCAACCUUUUCAAGCUUGUGGAUAUAAUAAUGGUUCCGUGCUCCAGGAUGACAUAAGGAGUAGUCUGAAUGAUGACUUGAGGGGUUUAAAUGGUAUUGGAGGUGAGGAUCCACCAGACAACAAAGAGUCAGGGAUGCAUGCUUUGCAGUCAGACUCAGAAAAGCCUGCAAGCCUAGCAAAAGCUCCAUCAAGGGGAAAAUCAGUUAGAACAAGAAGAUCCAGUGGACCGACUUCAAUUACAAUGAGGAUAGGAGAAAUAUCUAUCAAGCAAAUUGAUGAAAAGGUUGAAAAGAAGCCUAAUAAUGUUGAAUCAGUAUUGAGAAAAGAUAAAAUGAAAAGUGGAGAAACAGAUCGUCUAUUGAAAGGAAUCAGUAAGAAAACUCUGGAUUCUUAUUGUCCCAAGCCUGAGGUUACAUUUUCCAGUUAUUGUAAAGGAGAUAAACUAGAACCAUCCAAGAAUGUGUCUACAGAAGACUCCAAUAUCGAGCUUGAGAAUAUUCAGGUGAGCUCAGAUGAAGAAGAUAGGGUGUCUGAAUGUGUCAAUGAUUCAGGACUGGAUUCUGAGGUGGAUAAAAAAGCUAGUGAAUUUAUAGCCAAGUUCAAAGCACAGAUUAGGCUUCAAAAAAUGGGAUCGAUUGAAAGAUCAAAAGGGCAGAAGAUCAUUGGAAACAAUAUUGGGUGAUUUGUAAACUGUUGUACUCCAAUAGUUUCUACAAGGAUGGAUAUGAAGUUCAUUAGAGGUCUUAUAAUUUUAUGUCCCAUUGAGCUUUCUUCAUUUUAGGAGAUUUGGUUUUCAUUUUAUGCUUUUGUAUAACCGAUGAAGUUCAAAUUCUGUUAUUUUGUGGCAG